AUGGCCUUCCCUGAUCAUAGAACGUGGACGGCAUGCCUGCCACUGGUAUUCCUCCUCGUCAUCGUCGCGUCACUUCCCCCAACUUCGGCGGGGUCGCGGAAAUCCAUCCCUCUCUCGCGACAGUCGUCGCCAUUCCUCAAGAACUUCAAGUGCGACGCCUUCGCUAACGGCAGCGACUACUGCCAGCUCGGUGCCGACGGCUCGCUCAACCUUCGAGCGUACCACAACAACAUGGGAUCCUUCACGUCGCGCAACUUUUACAUGUACGGCAUGUUCAGCGUGCGAAUGAAGUUUCCUCAGGGCUACUCCGGCGGCAUCAUCCCCUGCAUGUACUUAAUCUCCGCCGGGAACAAAGGCUUUAAAGACGUGCACGACGAGAUCGACUUCGAGUUCCUAGGCGGCAAGAACCCGCGCGAGAUUAUUAUGCAUACUAAUCUGAUUACUAACGGCUACAACAAGCUUGAGCAGUUCACGUUUCCGUUCGACCCGUCCGCCGCGUACCAUCGCUACAGCAUUCUAUGGAGUCCCACGGCGGUGACGUGGUUCGUUGAUGCCAUCCCCAUCCGAAUUGCAUACCGUCGGAACAGCCCUGGUUUCCCUUCCAAGCCGCUCCGGAUUCGGGGCUCCAUCUGGGACAGCUCGGAAUGGAGCGCUCUCAAGUCCAAUUUCAACUCAGGACCCAUCACCGUCAGCUUCAAAAACUUCAACAUUCAGGGCUGCCGCGUCACCAGCCGCAGCAUCCCCCGUUGCGCCACGUACAAGGCUGGGAAGCAGCCGUGGAUGUUCCGCAUGAGCGGGCUGCAGAAGAAGCUGUACGUGUGGUUCCAGAAGUACCACGUGGCCAAGAAGUACUCCUGGGAAAAGACCGUGUAA